AUGGAGACUUCAUCACAACGCCGCAAGGCCUGCGACUUGUGCUUCCUCAAGAAGAUCAAGUGCGACAUGCUCAAGCCGGCCUGCUCAAACUGUCUGCUGUAUAAGUCUGAGUGCCGCACCACAACAGUCCGCCGCAGAGUAGUACCGACGAAGGAGCGCCAGCAACGGCCGAAAGAAACCACCGCAGGAGACCCGAAAAGAGUAGUAGAGUUGGAGAGCCGAUUGGCAAAGAUAGAAGAACAGCUGCAGCGCGCACUGGAUGCGAAUAUUCGCCUUUCCAGCCAAGUUCCAGCCUCAGCAACGGUACCCGCACCCGCACCCGCACCCGCACCCGCACCCGCACCCGCACCCGCACCAGCCCAAUCCGCACCGAUUACAGACACCAUCGAGUUGCCCCUGGACAGUGCCGGCGACUCAACCGACAGCACCGAGUUCAUCAAUGCCUUUUCAUGCAGCGAGAGUCCGAGCGAGUGGGUGGUCGAGCCGGAGAAGCCAAAGUUGCCGCCGCUGGAGGACGUCACGCCCGUUAUCGACGAGUUCUUCAACCGGUACAACUCCAUCAUGCCGCUCUUUGACCAGCCGACCUUUAUGCGCAUGCUCUCCGAUUGGUAUUCGCCGUCCUCGAAUCACUCCUCCGCCGCAUGGGCAGCCAUCAACAUCGCCCUGGCGUUGGGGUACCGGUGCACGUUGAAGCAGUCCGGAAACCUGGAUGCCCUGGUGGACGAUCAGAAGGUGCUACACCAUAUGCGCAACGUGCAGUCUGUCGUGUCGGACUUGGUGACGCGCGAGGAGGACCUACUAGGCAUCCAAGUACUCGUGGGCAUGGUCGUUCUCUUUCAGGGUACGAAAGAUCCCAAGCCGGCCUCGGUCCUCAUCGGGACGGCUAUCCGGCUGGCGCACCGGCUGCACCUCCACGACAAGGAGUCUCUCCAGUACUUUUCGCCCGCGGUCGCCCGGCAGAGGUCGCGGGUCUUUUGGCUUGCCUACUGCAUGGACAAGGACAUUAGUCUACGGUCAAAGACGCCUUCUUUCCAGCUGGACGCGGAUAUCGACCUGCCCCUGCCGGAGCUGGACCCGGACGACGGGGCGGGCGUCAUGGCCGCGUCCAACGGCAGCAAGUUCAACUUCUUCCGGGCGAGGGUCGAGCUCAGCCACAUCGCAGGUAAAGUGUAUGAUCUCCUCUACAGCACGAGAUCGCGCAAGGUGGCAAAGUCGGAAGCGCAGCUGCGGGUGACGCGACUGGAAGAGAUGCUCGAGACGUGGCGUCGCAACGUGCCGGCCGAGUUCCAGCUCACGUCGCUGCUGGAGUACGCCGAGCCGCUUCCCACGGUGCACCUUUCGCUUCUUUACCACAACUAUUUUGUCAUCACCGUCAUGGUCCACGGCAUCUACUCACACGACGCGGAUUGGGUGCAGAGAAUCAGCUCGUACGGCCGAGCGACGAUACAAGACCUGGAUGGUAUAGGACAAGGAAACAGCAGGCAGAGCUCGCCGCUGCCAGCGGGGUGGGCAAAAUGCGUGGAGCUCAGCCGGGACUGCAUGAACCUGUUUGUGGAAUCGCCAAAGACGGACUGCAGCAUCUGGUCCAACGCGUGCGCGCACUUUUCGGGCCUCAUCAUUAUCUUAUCCAACAUGUUUGUUUUCCCAGAAAACCCGAAUAUACCGGCGGACAAGGAGCUUGCAGAACAUGCGAUGCAGCUCUUUGAUAUGAUGCUGCGUCUCUCGGCAAACGAAGACUUUCGCAAGCUGUACGAGGUAGUCAAGGAACUACACCGGCGGGCGAUGGCAACAGUGGACAAGUUGGCGCGGAAGAGAGAAGAGCAAGCGGCUGCGGCUGCCGUGGUGGAGGCGAUGGACAGCACGCUGCCGUUUGGGAUGCAAUUCGAAGAGGAUGUGAGUUUCUUUGAGGGCGCAGGCAUGAUGGACUUUACAGGGGCUUUUGCUGGGGGUAUCAUGGAGGAGUCACCAGUGACUGUGGAUUCUGAGGCGGGAGACACGUUGGAAGCCGGGGGUUUCCAAGGAGGUUUGGGUCGUGCUGCCGCGACGGUUGGGCAUAGCCAUUAUUGA